CGCAAAUCACGAACACGUUUUUGUGUGUUUCUUCUAAAAUCUUUCGUUAGUCCGCAUUUUACCCUCUAUGUAUAGCGUGUCCAGAUUAGUGUACCCUUAUGUAGUUAGUCAUUAUUCCCUCGCGAGUCGCUGGUAUUCUGGGAUCAACGAGAAACUACGAAAAGUGCUCAGCAAGAUGCCGCUCGACCCAAAACACAUCGCCGAGGCGCAGAAACAGCGGUUAAAGUUGAAGCAGAAAGUGGCUAAAAUUUCACCCGGCAUCGUCAAUCUGCAAGUACUGGGCUGCGGAGCGCCGGGUACUCCGGCGUCCGUGUACCUGUUCACGGACCAGACCCGGUACCUGUUUAAUUGCGGCGAGGGCACGCAGCGGCUCGCGUACGAGCACAAGACGAAGCUGUCCUGCUUGGAGAACAUUUUCAUGACUCGCACCAGCUGGGACCGUAUCGGGGGUCUACCGGGCAUCUGCCUGACCAUGCAGGACGUCGGCGUGCCGGAGGUUUCGCUUCACGGACCACCGGGACUGGGCGAGCUGUUCAAGGCGAUGCGCCGUUUCGUCAUCCUGAAGGACAUGAAGGUAGAAGCGGCCGAGUACGGCACCGGUGAUGUGUACGAAGAUCACGUCAUGACCCUGCGGUAUGUAGUCAUCUCCCGGGAAACAGGAAAUGCACCGACGGAAGGCGACGAACAGGAACAGGACGCGCCGGUAGACGACACCGAUUACUACGCGUAUGAACGGAAGAAAGAGUCCUCGUCCUCGAAGGACGAAAGCAGCCAAAAGUGUCCCGGUACGAGGUGGAUCAAACGGCAGGAGGAGAGUGUGAUGGCUUACAUCUGCAAGCUAAAGCCACGGCAAGGACAGCUUUCGUUAGAAAAAUGCGUUGAACAAGGAGUUCCAGCCGGGCCGUUGUUGGGCCAGCUGAAGAACGGCAACGACGUGACGCUUCCCGAUGGUCGGCUCGUGCGAUCGUGCGACGUUCGCGCUCCUGACGAUCCCGGACCAGUGUUCAUCUUCCUUGACAUUCCCAGCGAAGAAUAUUUCAAAGAUUUCCAGCAAAAAGCGGACAUUUUUGCACCUUACCAACAGGAGGCAACUGCGGAUUCCGAUCAUGCCAUGUUCGUCAUUCACUUUAGCCCUUUGAACGUGAUGCGCUGCCCAGAAUAUAAGCAAUUUAUGGACCGUUUCUCCGCCAGCACAAGGCACAUUGCAUUGAACGAAGUGAACAGCUUCUCAGGAUACAUCGCUGCGCACCGCAUUCAACAUCAUCUGAAUCAGCUGGACGAUCAGAUAUUCCCUCUCCUGAAAGAAGAAAACAAUGACUACAACCAAGCGCUCGCAGAAGAUGGUCAUUUGGUCCGAUCUUCCUCAUUGAGCUACCUGCACAUAAGACCCUCAAAGGGAAUUGAAAGAACACAAGAGGCGUCAUUAAAUUCUGCGGAAUAUCUGGGCGAACUGGAUAUAUUACCUGACUUCAAGAGUACGCUGGCGGAUUGGAAACGCCAACAGGAGAAACAUAACGAGCAGCGUGUGAGAGCGGCCCGAGAAUCCCAGUUUCCGCGUUUGGUUUUCCUUGGAACAGGCUCUUCAAUACCAAACAAAACGCGAAACGUUAGCGCAACAUUGAUCUUGACGAAUCCUCAAUCAUCAAUUUUGCUGGACUGUGGCGAAGGUACGGUAGGUCAAAUAGUGAGAUUUUUUGGAAAAACACAGGCAGAGAGCGUCCUAAGAUCGCUCAAGGCAGUCUACAUUUCUCAUCUCCAUGCGGAUCAUCAUUUAGGGUUAAUUGGUCUGCUGCAGACACGACGAAAGCUGUUUGGUGACAGCUGUGAGCCGUUACUGUUACUCGCUCCGGAGCAAAUUUCGUACUGGCUUCGUCUGUAUGAUUGCAGAUUCGAGAACAUUCAUAAGGAUUAUGUGCUCAUCAAGAAUGCCGAUAUGCUGGAAAAUCCUUUCAAAGAUGAACGUUUACUAGAAAUGGGCAUUACAGAGGUGGCAACCUGUCGAGUGCGUCAUUGUCCACAUUCGUUCGGAGUGGCACUGAACACAAUCGCUCUCGGAAGCUCGCGCACAGACGAGGAGAACGUAAAGAUUACCUACAGUGGUGAUACCAUGCCUUGCGAAAGCCUUAUCGAAUUGGGCCGUGGCUCAACGGUGCUCAUACACGAAGCUACGAUGGAAGAUGAGCUGGUGGCGGAGGCGAGACUCAAAAUGCACAGUACACUAUCGCAAGCCAUCGAACAAGGACGAAAAAUGGGUGCUCGAUACACGUUGCUGACACACUUUAGCCAGCGCUACGCCAAAAUCCCACGCCUACGGCCGGAUCAGCAGCGAGAAGGUUUAGGUGCGGAUUUGGGGAUAGCGUUUGAUAACAUGGAGGUUACCCUGGAUGAUCUACCAACGCUGUGCAACAUGUACCCCGCACUGAAAGCUAUGUUCAUUAGUCACUUUGAGGAAAUGGAGCAAAAGGCUAUUAAGCGAGGCAACAAGAAGAUGCGGCUAGAAGUCGCUCGGAACGGCAGCAAAGAAAGCUCUCCCACGAGAAUCGGCGCAGAAAAGUAAUAAAGUUAAACCACGUUGUUUAUAUA